AUGAACUUCCUCCGCCAACACCUCCCUGCCCCGAGGCAAGACCAGCAAGCCCGACGAGCUCGCCAGCAAGGCGGACCGGCGGCCGCGAGCGAGAGCUACCAACCCUCUCGCAUCGCCCAACUCGCCCAGGAGUCUCCCACAUGGUACAAAUCCGCCGCCCGCCGAAAGCUCUACUUCCUCCUCUUCCCCGCCGCCGUUGUCUCGUACGCCACGAGCGGAUACGAUGGCUCGAUGAUGAACUCCCUCCAGACCGUUUCCUACUUUGACGACUUCUUCGACAACCCGCGCGGGGCGGUCCUCGGCUUAAUGAGUGCCAUCAUGGCUUUGGGGAGCAUCUGCUCGACACCCAUCGCUCCGUGGGUCGCUGAUAAGUUUGGAAGACGAUGGGGUAUCACGACGGGAAGUUGUAUCAUGAUUGUUGGUGCAAUCUUGCAGUGCGAGAGUACCGCGUUUGCCAUGUUUGUCGUGAGCAGAUUCAUCCUCGGAUUCGGUCUUUCUUUUGCGACGACUUCGGCGCCGAGCUUGGUUAGUGAGCUGUCACAUCCCAAGGAUCGCGUCACCAUCACGGCUAUCUGCAAUACCUGUUGGUAUGUCGGUAGUAUCGCGGCAGCAUGGAUCACGUUUGGUACUCGAAAUAUCCCUAGCACCUGGUCUUGGCGAAUUCCGUCUCUUCUUCAGAUGGCACCUAGUGUGGUGCAGCUCGCAGCCAUCUGGUUUGUUCCCGAGUCUCCACGUUGGCUCAUCUCACACGAUCGUGGGGACGAGGCCAUGGAGGCCUUGAAGCAAUACCACGGCGAAGGCGAAGAGACGGAGCUGGUCAGAUUGGAGUUUGAAGAGAUCAGAGCUGCUAUCGACAAUGAGAAGAGACUUGGAAGCACAACUUGGGCAUCAAUGGUUAAGACGAAAGGCAACCGAUACCGCAUGUUCCUUGUCAUCUGCAUGGGAUUCUUCUCGCAAUGGUCUGGUAACGGCCUGAUUGCUUAUUACCUCUCGAGAAUCAUGGACACCGUCGGUAUCACAAACAAGAACACACAAGCUCUGGUCAAUGGCUUACUCAACAUCUGGAACUUCGGCCUUGCCCUGACUACUGCAUUCUUCGUGGAACGCAUCGGCCGCCGUCCCCUCUUCCGCAUCUCGACCUGCGGUAUGCUCGUAGUCUUUAUCGGUUGGACCAUCGCCUCAGCUCGAUUCGCCGAAACCAGUGCCAGCUCCGCCGGUAUCGCCGUCAUGGCGCUGAUUUUCAUCUACCAAGUCUUCUACUGCAUCGCCUUCUCGCCCUUGCCGGUUGCUUAUUCUGUGGAGGUCCUGCCGUACUCCAUCCGCGCCAAGGGCAUGGCAACAUACGUCUUCUCGACCAAAGCUGCCGUCUUUGUCAACCAAUACGUAAACCCGAUCGGCAUCCAGAACAUUGGGUGGCGCUUCUAUAUAGUCUAUGUUGCUAUCUUAGCUGUGGAGGCUUGCAUCGCUUAUGGGUGGUUCUUGGAGACUAAGGGCAAGGCUUUAGAGGAGAUUGCCGUCAUCUUUGAUGGUGAAGAAGCGAACGUUCGGAUUGCGGAGAAUGGGAAGGGAGAUGGUCCUAUUGACGUGGUUGAAACGGAGCACGCAGCUUCAAAGGUCUAG